GCGAACGCAAAGGUAUCCGCUUGCAAUUCGGCAACGAAGUCUUCCGUACGCUUACUCACGUCGCUACAUGCACUCAAAGCGCAGCUCACUGUGCACACGAGUUCAUUUCUUGUGGAAAACUUUUGGGUCCUGUUUCCUACGCCUGCCAUCAACGCAUUUUGACCUAUUUCAACCAGUCCUAGUAGCCGGUCUGCUUGGCCUUGCCUCCAGUGGCAGCAGCCGCGUACGGGUUCUCUCCCCCGGACGGGCCGUACGUGUACGCUGGGUGCGCAUUAAGUGGCUGGCGCUGGCCUGCUUGUUGGCCAAAGUAGUUCCGCGGGUGCGGGUUGUACGGCUGUUGUCGCACUGGCAUAGUGAUCUCCUGGUAGCCGAAGCGGCGGUGACGCCGCGAGUGCAUGAUGUAGCACGACAGCGCCACCAGCAUGAUCUCCAGAGACACGAUGACGAACACGAAGACCGCUACGAGCAGCGAUUGGUCGUUAACCCACGAGAUCAUGCGCGUCUCGCAGGCACAGAGCAUCGUGUGCUCCGUCAUAGCGUUGCUCAAAGAGAAGCUGGGGCCUGCGCACUUGAGGAAGUUGCUGCCGCUCCGUAGCUGCUUGUGUCCGAUGGGGCAGUUCUCCUCCACGAAUGACGCAAACCAGCCGAACUCGGGGUUGGAACAUGAAGCGAUGAGCGGCCGGUCGCGUGUGCCUGUGAGGUCGAUGUCCACGUCGAAGCCGCAGCCGUAGUACACGUACUUGAACCUCUUGUUAAUCCAGCGCAGCGUCUCCUGGUCUGCUGGGGCCAGUACGGACAGGUCGAAGUUGUGUUUGGCCACUUCGACUAGCGAACUGUGCACGUGCGUCAGGAAACCGGCAAGCGAGAGCUGCGCGACCACCGAGACCAGUACCAGGAUGGCGUAUGGGAACAAGAACACUUUGCUCUCCCAUUGGGCGCCACAGCAACCCAGUAGCGCGAUUAGGAUGAUCAGAGAGCCACACAUGAUGACGGAGGAAGCUACGCCACCGUCGGAGAACUCGGUGAGCGCUGGGAGUGACGCCAUGUAGCCUAUGAACAAUGAACAAUGAUACGUUUAGUUAGUGAUAAAUGGUUGUACUGGGGUGAAUAUGUGGUUAAAUACGCUGGGAAUUGCAUGAAAAAUCGUAAAAGAUAGCGGUCUAACCUCCGAUGGACACGAGCACGGAGCCUAGCAGCAGGAACAGCACAUUCGUGAACACGAGGAUGCUGCGGGACAACGAGCGCCACGCGUGCAUGGUUUAUAGAGUUUUUCUUGGAGUUACGACACGGAACAAGUAUGCGCAGAUAGCGGAGAGUGUGGCGCAGCAGAGGGGAAGUGCGGUGGGCGAUGACGAAGAGCGCAGACACACGGGACGAACCUCAAUGGACCAAGACCACGCACUGAUUUACUGUCGAUUUUUUUUUUUCUUUCGCGGAGGGAGAGAUGCUGGAUCAGAUGGACUCAGAUUUUAAGUUGACUCAGAUUUUGUGCUGUUUUGCUUCAUUUUUGAGAUGGGCGGCCGCAUGACGACAAACUCAGCGACUCCUGUGAGGACCUGGGGCUCGCCGGACGAGAAUCUGGUGCUCGUGGAUGAUGUCAAGGCGCUCAGACAAGCUGUGCACGACGAGAUGGAGCUUAUCGGCUGCGGCUUCCACCAGCACCGAGUCGUCACGUACGAUAUAGCAGCUAUAGGUUUUAUUGUUUUUAAAGGUUGACCUAAAUUUGGAGCAGAAUUCUAGGAUUUGGAAACGUUGCAGAUGCAGUGGAGAUUCUAGCAAUUGGAUACAUCCUGACGGUGUACGAAGACUCGGAAGGCGAAAUGACAUCAUGGGAAUCUACUCAUUUGUUGUAGGUCUGCUGACGGCUGCUGUAUUUGCUGGAAUGUUGGGUGGUGGGUUGGUGGGUGGCGUGGCUGGAGAUCUCUACGGUCGUAAACCGGUUCUGCUCGUAACAUUGGCCAUCAACGCCAUCGCUGCCUUUUUGUCAGCUUUUUCGCCGAAUGUCUACUGGCUUAUCUUCUUCCGAGCCACGGCGGGCUUAGGAGUGGGUGGAGUGGUGUCGUCACUAUUUGCAUUAUGUCUGGAGCAUGUCCCCGUAUCGGCGCGAGGACGAUACGUCACUAUUUUGUGCUCAUUCUGGAUGGUGGGCGCAGUAUUGACGGCGGGUACGGCCUGGGUGAUGCUAGGCAAGUACAGUAAUGGCGAUCGGAUACUGGAGCUGUCAUGGCGCUGGUUCGCCGGGGUGGUCGGACUACCGUCGUUCACGUGUUUUAUGCUGGCGUUGUGGUAUGUUCCUGAGAGUCCGCACUUUUUAGCAAGUAAAGGGGAUGCACAAGGAGCCACAGCAGUGCUGCAGUAUAUUCACGGAAUACAUCGAAGUGGUCGACAUAUCCAGAUUAAACUCUCCAAUGGUGAAGAAAAUAUGGAUGAUAAAAGUGUGCAAAUUGCGAGUAAAAUGGAAGCUCAGACAGUGAACACGACAGCGGAUAGUGACGACCAUAACUCGCACACUGCCGUUUGCAGCCGUGAAAGUUUACGUGUUCUAGGACGGUUGUUCGAGCGACCGAAUGCAGGACCUACUCUGUUGUUGAUGCUGUGUGGAUUUUCGCUGAGCUUUGGCUCGUACGGUUUGUCGACGUGGAUCACCAAGCUGUUCAAGAGUGCUGGACUGGCAAACCCAUUCGAGAAUGCAUUCCUGUUUGCCGGGGCAAACCUGCCGGGCAAUGUUGUCAGUUUGUAUCUGAUAGAUAUUAUCGGUCAUCAACGCCUAUUGUCUGGAGCAUUAUUCACAUCUGCCUUCUGUGCGCUACUGUUUGCCUUUAAUGUGGAAGGCUCGAAGACGAUCAUCGUACUGGUCUCAUAUCUAUUUAACGCGUCCACCACUGCAGCCUGGAAUGGAUUCGGCGUACUUUCGACCGAAAACUUUCCCCAGGAGCUCCGAACUACUGGUAUUUCGGUAGUGAACUGUUCGAAUCGCGUAGCUGCUAUCACAUCACAGUUUGUGAAUGGAUUUCUCAUGGGUCCUCCGCCUCAUCUCGAGGCUUUACUGCUGGUCACGACCACUGUUAUGUGUACGGGAGGAAUUGCCUCGCGCUGGAUUGCCCAUGGUGGAGAUGACGACAUCGAUGCUAUCAGCAAGAGCGACAGUAGCGAGGAUACCGAGGCAGACCCAGAAGGCUCGCCAAGCUUGUGUGGAGAUGAAGGAGAACACGCUGGUCUGAUUCGACAUGAUGUUCUCUUCAAUGAGAAGAAAAAUUCUCCUAGAAGAGACAUCAAAGAGGUGAAAAGCAGUUAGUACCAACGCAACGUCCGGACUUGUCUGAUUCACCAAAGACGAGUUAGCGAGCCAUAACAACGAUACCUAUUAUGUUCAUUACGCAGAUUGAUCUAAGCUGCCAAAGUUGAGUUAUUGUUUCUGCGACCGGGCAGAUUUGCACGCAACACACGACGCCAGUCACGAGCUUCUUCAACAGUGCGAAAUCGCACGUGAAUCACUUGAUUUUGCGGCGAGUCCAGUGAGAUGAUGAGUUCUAAUGUUGGAGGAGCCAUUGUGCUACCUGCAGAAGGCAAAACUAGUGAUCCACUACGUCGACGUGCCUUGACGCCUUCGACGUACCCUCUCCAACGUGGAACCUCGUACGGUUUGUCGCUGUUGUAAUACGACAGCAUUGAGCCUUGCACAACGAAAAAGUAGCGGCGCCAAAGCCCCAGAAACGAAGUCUUUUUCUCGAUCCAACCGCUCUUAACGAUCGGGAUGGACAGUCGAUCAAACCGACAGAGUCCAUCGGGGUCGAAUGACGACAUGCUCAGCGUUACCUCUUCACUCGAUCCAGUAGACCACGACCGAGACUUUCGACGGGCUGGAGUCUUCAAUGCGCGAAGCCAACGAUUGCGUUCAUGAGUGUCAUGUGCACGAAUGUCGAUGACUUUGCCACAAGCACCGUAGACCUUGAAUCCUACCCGGUUGGUUCGGUCGGUGUCGUCGAUAUGUGCCACUCGAAUAACACCUCGAGGCUGACAGCCGUCACCGAAGUGGAAAAGGUUGCGCGAUGCCCAUGCCGACGCUACUGAUGCUUGAGCUUGCUUCAGGAACACUUCAGCUGGGAAACUUGUGAAAUACGAGAGCAUGGUACCGUCCAGACAGAAAUACCGGUGACGCCAACGUCCGAGCCGUGUACCGCGCAUCCAAAGCCAACCGCAGAACUGGUCUUCUAGGGCCAAGUUGCCAGACUCAAGUGGAGGAAGAUCUCGGGACGUCUCUACGUACGUCAUGGUCGCCCAGCUUGGUGGCUGUUCCCUCGUGACUUGGCAUCGCGGGAAGGAACUCUCGAGUUCGCGCUCGACCUCAGCCUCCGAUGUAAAGGUAGAUAGCGAUCGCAUAACACGUGUGCACGUCAUUCUACGUUUUGCUAGAGGCCGAAGCGACUGCUUGCUCCUCGCUGCGCUGUUAGUUGUCCAAGCCGAGAGUUUCAAAAAUGAGGUGCUACAGGCAUGACUUGAGAAGAAGCGAGCAGCACAUGCCCACUCAACGUACCUGGCGUGUUAGGCCCUCAAACUCCUGCAGCGACGCCGUCCCAUUUCGCUGGGAGCCGCUGGAGACGUGUCGCCGUUUUCGACGAAAGCUUUCCUAUAAAUACUGAUAUCGUGCGUUCCUCGACAUUGGAUCAACGGGCAACUGGGAAAGAUAAACGCGAUGAUGACAACGGUGCCGUCUUGUGGAUGGAUGUUUGAUCCCACGAGUUUACCCUCCAAAUAUUUCGCUGUAAACGCAGCGAGGCUUCCGGAAGUAAAAAUGAGACGAUGUCCUGGAGCCUGCCCAUGGCUUUCAUCUUAACGAAGACCCCUGUUUUACUUUACAAAAGAGAUUGAAAUAGCAAUUAGGAUGCAGUGAGAUUUCAUACCACACCUUCUCAAAAAGUUUUGCUGUUCACUCUCG